CCUGCAACUCGAUGAUAACAAGAUAGGAAGGCCCGGGGAACAGUCUUACCCAUUUGGGUCAAUACACGAAUGAAUGCUUCUCCAACACCGUGCCACUCCGGAUGAGGCAGAGUGUGGAGGAAGUCUACCCCGCAGACCCGGCUGCCGGCCGGCCCAAGCCUAACAAUGCUACCCUCGUGUCUCAGCCCUGGGGCGCUCCGCUCUGGGCUCGAGCGCGUCUGCACGUACGUAGCUUGCACGUGUGUAUUGACAUGGAGUUCUUGUGUGGAUCUAUAAGAAUAUGCUGAAGCAAAUUUUGGAUCGGGGCGCCGAAGACAGGUCGAGGGAAGCUAAAGAAGUAAACAGGUCAUGGCACGUUUAACAAAAAGGCGACAGGCGGAUACAAAAGCUAUCCAGCAUCUCUGGGCAGCCAUUGAAAUUAUUAGGAAUCAGAAGCAAAUUGCCAACAUUGACCGUAUUACAAAGUAUAUGUCCCGAGUCCACGGUAUGCAUCCCAAAGAGACCACCCGUCAGCUGAGUUUAGCUGUGAAAGAUGGUCUUAUUGUUGAAACGUUAACAGUGGGCUGUAAAGGCUCAAAAGCUGGUAUUGAGCAAGAAGGAUAUUGGUUGCCAGGAGAUGAGAUUGCCUACAGUAUGCAGCCUUUCUCCAGGACAGCAACCCCAAACAAGGACUGGGAAACAGAAAAUCAUGACUGGUAUUGUUUUGAAUGCCAUUUGCCUGGAGAGGUGUUGAUAUGUGACCUGUGUUUUCGUGUGUAUCAUUCCAAGUGUUUGUCUGAUGAGUUCAGGCUUAGAGACAGCAGUAGUCACUGGCAGUGCCCAAUUUGCAGGAGCAUUAAGAAGAAGAAUACAAAUAAGCAGGAGAUGGGCACCUACCUAAGGUUCAUUGUCUCCCGCAUGAAGGAACGGGCUAUAGAUCUGAAUAAAAAGGGGAAGGACAAUAAGCACCCAAUGUACCGGAGGCUGGUACAUUCAGCUGUUGAUGUCCCCACCAUACAAGAGAAAGUGAAUGAGGGGAAAUACCGAAGCUAUGAGGAAUUCAAAGCUGAUGCUCAGCUGCUUCUCCAUAACACAGUGAUUUUCUAUGGAGCAGACAGUGAGCAAGCUGACAUUGCAAGGAUGCUAUAUAAAGACACGUGCCAUGAGCUGGAUGAACUGCAGCUUUGCAAAAACUGUUUCUAUUUGUCAAAUGCUCGUCCUGACAACUGGUUCUGCUAUCCUUGUAUACCUAAUCAUGAGCUGGUCUGGGCCAAAAUGAAAGGCUUUGGGUUCUGGCCAGCUAAGGUCAUGCAGAAAGAAGACAAUCAAGUGGAUGUACGCUUCUUUGGCCACCACCACCAGAGGGCCUGGAUCCCUUCUGAAAACAUACAAGAUAUCACCGUCAACGUUCACCGACUGCACGUGAAGCGCAGCAUGGGCUGGAAGAAGGCCUGCGAUGAACUGGAACUGCAUCAGCGUUUCCUCCGGGAAGGAAGAUUCUGGAAGUCUAAGAAUGAGGACCGAGGUGAGGAAGAGGCAGAAUCCAGUAUCUCCUCUACCAGCAACGAGCAGCUGAAGGUCACUCAAGAGCCAAGAGCAAAGAAAGGACGACGUAAUCAAAGUGUGGAGCCCAAAAAGGAAGAACCAGAGCCAGAAACGGAAGCAGUAAGUUCCAGCCAAGAAAUACCCACAAUGCCUCAACCAAUUGAAAAGGUAUCAGUGUCAACCCAGACCAAGAAGUUAAGUGCCUCUUCCCCAAGAAUGCUGCAUCGAAGCACCCAGACCACCAGUGAUGGAGUCUGCCAGAGCAUGUGCCAUGACAAAUACACCAAAAUUUUCAAUGACUUUAAAGAUCGGAUGAAGUCAGACCACAAGCGUGAGACAGAGAGAGUUGUUCGGGAGGCUUUGGAAAAGCUGCGUUCUGAAAUGGAAGAAGAAAAAAGACAAGCUGUAAAUAAAGCUGUAGCCAACAUGCAGGGUGAGAUGGACAGAAAAUGUAAGCAAGUAAAGGAGAAGUGUAAAGAAGAAUUUGUGGAAGAAAUCAAGAAGCUAGCAACCCAGCACAAACAACUAAUUUCUCAGACAAAGAAGAAGCAGUGGUGCUACAACUGUGAGGAAGAGGCCAUGUACCACUGCUGCUGGAACACGUCCUACUGCUCCAUCAAGUGCCAGCAGGAGCACUGGCACGCGGAACACAAGCGCACCUGCCGCCGGAAAAGAUGAAGCCGGCCUCCCAGCAUGCUGGCCAUCACUUUUCAGACACCGCGGUUUUUGUUUCCAAGAAGCCAAAAUUGUUUAGAAUUUGCUUCCCAUUUUGCACCAGCCUUUAAACACUUUUCGUGAAGAAAUUUUGCACAGUAGUUUAAAUCUUUUGUUAAAGCUCCUCUGGAGCGUUCAGGGGCUAACAGUAACAUCAGUGGAGGGUAUUAUCGUAAAUAAAUUUUAAUUGAGAAUUUGUUGCUUUUUCAGCAAAUUUUAAAACAUUUUUAGGUUUUACAGAGAUUUUAACCUUUGAACAACAGACCUUUAAAAACCCCAACAGGUGAAUCCGAAUGAGUCUAACAAAGAAAUGUGUAGAGCAGAUCUGAAUGUAAGAACAACAAACUGUUUCAGAAAGAAAAAAAUACUACCUUGAUAUGGCAUUUCUUUCCUGACCUUGUGGACUGCUUUGUUCAGCCUGCUCACUGUUCGCAGGCGCCACCUGCUGGCCGCGCCGCUGGGGGUGAGAUUGAAUAUAGGGAACAGGGUUGACACAGCAGGGCUAGCCCUGCAUAUUUUUUCUUAAAUAUUUCCCAAUUGUUUUUUUCAUUAUUUCCUUUCAAUAUAUAACUUUUAUAACAAAUUAUUAGCUUUGAUCUUGUAGCUUAAAAUUGCAGGGAAAACUGGGGUAAUCUUUUACUGAGCUGGAUCUUAGAGAAAAUAAAUAUUUAAAAUUGAAAGUUUGCACAUUUCAUCUUUAUCCUAACAUGAGUGCUUGUAACUAAAACAGCAAACGUAAGAAUCAAAAGCCAAAAACUACCUUUACCCAUAUGUGAAAUUCUAGAUGAGGCAUACAAAUUUCUUAAAUGCUUCCCUUCCCACCCCCAAUACCACCCUACUUGCCUAUUAUCUGGUGUCACCUUGUGUGUAUAAGUUAAUGCUCAAAGGAGAGAAAGCACUUAAAUUUCACAGAAGCCGUUAUGUUUGUAGUAAUGGGUCAUUGCCUACUAAUGAGCUACAUCACUGUACACAGAAGGAAGAAUAAUGCAUGUUAAUUUUCUUGUAUUAAAGAUGCCGUGAUUUGUAAAAA